AUGUGUAAAUACUCUGUUAACAACGCGGAGAAGUGCCGCUGCAGUUCAGAAGGACGCGGCGAUGAGCGCCGGGAGAACGGAGAAGAGGGCGGUGAAGGUCAAACUCACCUGAGAACUUUGUCCCUCAGGUGGGUGGAGGUGGGCCAGGCCAGCGUUGCCAUGGCGAUCUCGUCUCCUCAUCGCCAUGACGGCCAGCAGGCGAUUCAGCACUGCAUCCACCAGCUGAAGGCCAACAUCCCCAUCUGGAAGAAGGAAGUUUACGACACGCAGGACUCGAGCUGGAAGGAGAAUGCUGAGUGUUCGUGGGCCGCUCGCAACAAACUUCAUGGCGUCACGUCGUCCACAGAGAACGUCUGAACGUGUUCGCCGUAAACUGCAGAUUAUUAAUAAAACACUGGCUUUAUUCCGUC